CUUGGGCUUCCGGAGCAAAUCCAUGCCCGGCAUCGCCUCCAUUGUGCCCUGCUGUCGGGAGGCUGGGAGGGCCUCGGGGUGCAAAGGGGGGGUCUGUGCAUCCCCAUCUCCUCGCAGCUUGGAAAGGGAGGACAUUUCUCCCCGAGGCUCCAGACAGUGAGUCCUGAUCCGGGACUGCAGGUAACGGGGGGACCCUGCACAGGGAUGAGCUGCUGCUCCUCAUCGGAGCGUGGAGCCUGUGGCAUGCGGCCCUGGGGUGUUCCCAGCAGGAGAAGGGGAUAAGGGAGAGGACAGUGGAUAAGGAGGAUGGAGACGGAGCCCUGCAUGUUGCCAGGGCUCCGCAGGGAUGGGGCACCAGCUCCAGGGAUGUGUCCCAUUCCCCUCAGUGCUGCUGGGAGGGUGGAUUCCCAGUGAGAUGGGGACUGGGGGAACUGGGAUGCAGGAGGAGGAAGGCAGAGGUUGCUGUGGGAUGGGGUCUGCUGGGAAAAUAGGGACCCUCCUGUCCCCAGGCUGCUGCAUGGAUGUCCUGGAUGGAGGGAACACACCCCAACAUGUCUCAUGGAACCCCAGGAAAAGCAUCCCAACCCAGGCAAGAGGAGGGGAUCUUCCUUCCUUUCGAGGGGUUUCUCUUGCCCACAGGGGAUUUUGGGGAGCCCUGAGUGAGGAACGGAGGGAGAAACCCUCCUCGUCCCCACCAUGGAGCCAUGGGUGCUGCUGGACCCGCGGCAGAAGGCGCUGUACCGGGACGUGAUGCAGGAGAGCUACGAGACGCUGAUGUCCCUUGCAGCACAGGGGCUGGUGAGCGGAAAAGCAGCGGAGGAAGGAGCAGGAGCGGGGAGCCGCGGGGAGCCGGCCGCACGCUCCUCCCGCAGCCCCGACAGCGAGCAAACCCCCGGCUCCAACAGGCGCAAAGCGAAGCGCCCGGACAAAGCGGCGCCUCCCGGGGCCACCAGGACCCCCCGAGCCCCCAAACCGGACCGUGCCAAACCCCUCCAUGGGGCAGCUCCGGCGCGCGAGCGCCCGUUCGGCUGCGCCGAUUGCGGGAAGAGCUUCCCGUGGGCUUCGCACUUGGAGCGGCACCGGCGGGUGCACACGGGCGAGCGGCCCUUCGGCUGCCCCGAGUGCGGCGAGACCUACAGCCAGAGCUCGCACCUCCUGCAGCACCGCCGCACGCACGCCAGCGACCGGCCCCAUAAGUGCGGCGACUGCGGGAAGCGCUUCGCCGGCGCGGCCGAGCUGGCGGCGCACGGUCGGGGCCACGCCGCCGACAAGCCCCAUAAGUGCGGUGACUGCGGGAAGGGCUUUGUCUGGGCGUCCCACCUCGCCCGGCACCGGCGCGUCCACACCGGGGAGAAGCCGUUCCGCUGCGCCGAGUGCGGGGAAGCGUUCAGCCAGGGCUCGCACCUCGCCAAGCACCGCCGCAGCCACACGGGCGAGCGGCCCCAUCGCUGCCCGGUUUGCGGCAAGACCUUCUGCCAGAGCUCGGACCUGGCCCGGCAUCGCCGCACUCACCUGGGGAAGAAAGCGCUGCGCUGCGGGGACUGCGGGAAGCUCUUCCGUGCCGGACCGGCGCUGGCGCGGCACCAGCGGUGCCACCGGCGGGAGCAUUCCCAUCGCUGUGCCGACUGCGGGAAGGGCUUUGUGUGGGCAUCCCACCUGGAGCGGCACCGGCGGGUGCACACGGGCGAGCGGCCCUUCCCCUGUAGUAGCUGCGGGGAGCGCUUCGCACAGAAAGCCCAUCUCCUGCAGCACCGCAAAACCCAUUCCCCCGACCGGCCCUACAAGUGCGGUGACUGCGGGAAGCGCUUCGGAGAGGCUCCCCCGUUCCUGGCGCACCAGCGGGGCCAUGCGGCGCACAAGAGCUUCACAUGCAGCGAGUGCGGGAAGGGCUUCGCUUGGGCGUCCCACCUCGAGCGGCACCGGCGCGUCCACACCGGAGAGAAGCCCUACGAGUGCCCCGAGUGCGGGGAAGGCUUCAGCCAGAGCUCCCACCUCACCAAGCACCGCCGCAGCCACCUCCCCAAGGCUCCGUUCCCCCUCCAUAGGACGCGGAUGGAGGGGGAGAAGCCGCUGGGUGCUGUGGGAGGAGGCGGCCGUGAGGAGCCCUGAAGGACACGGAUCCCUCCAUCAGCACCGCGGAUGCUGAUCCCAAGGGAAAACACAGCCUGGGGACAAAGCAAAGGACAUUGAAGGCGCUGGAGGGUGGCACCGGGUGGGUGAUGGGGCUGUGAGGCACCAGGGAGGGAUUUAUCCUGAUGCCUCCCAGCAGCGAUGGGAGUGGCUGCACCCCAAUGGACAUCUCGGGGGAGAAGGAGACUCUUCCUGAGGGAUACGGUGGAAUUCUCCACUGGGAAAGGAUGGGGGGAACCCGGGGCUGGUUCUUGUGCCAAAAUAUGGUGGUGUUUGUGCCUGUUCCUCGCUGCCAGCAGGAUGGAGAAGGGGACGCAUUGCACCCAUGGAGAGGGCACGAUGCUGAGAGCACCGGCGUGGGGCGAGGAAUAAAACAGGAGCUGCCUGUG